GAGUCCUCUGGCCACAGCUCACACCCGCUGUCUCUGAGCCCGGCUCCUACCGGGAGGCGAUCACUAAGCAGCGCAGGGCCCCGCCCCGGGCUCCAUUGUUGAGGCAGCCGGCUCUCCGCGGGCUGCGCUCCUUUCGGCUGUCCUGAGCGCACGAGCACCUAGAUUCAAAGGAUUGUCUGAGGUUUUCCAUGCAAAUGUGUCAACCACUCAACUCAGUGCCAGCCCUGGAAGCACUCUGUGAAGCUGCCAUGGCCCCACCACCCUCAUCAUCCUUGUCAUUUUCCAAUACAAAUAUUCAAUGGAAGAGUUAAUAGUCGAACUUCGCCUUUUUCUGGAGCUCCUGGACCACGAGUACCUCACAUCAACUGUCAGAGAGAAAAAGGCUGUGCUCACCAACAUCCUGCUGCGAAUACAGUCAUCAUCCAAGGGCUUUGAAGUGAAGGACCAUGCUCAGAAGGCAGAAGCCAACAGCCUGCCAGCACCUCCCCAGAUGCCUCUGCCUGAGAUCCCUCAGCCAUGGCUGCCUCCUGACAGCGGGCCUCCACCCUUACCGACAUCCUCUCUCCCAGAGGGUUACUAUGAGGAAGCCGUGCCGCUGAGUCCUGGAAAAGCUCCAGAGUACAUCACAUCAAAUUAUGACUCCGAUGCCAUGAGCAGUUCUUAUGAGUCAUAUGAUGAAGAAGAGGAGGAUGGAAAAGGGAAGAAAACCCGGCACCAGUGGCCUUCAGAGGAGGCCUCUAUGGAUCUGGUGAAAGACGCCAAGAUCUGCGCUUUCCUGCUGCGCAAGAAACGCUUUGGCCAGUGGACCAAGCUGCUCUGCGUCAUCAAGGACACCAAGUUGCUGUGCUAUAAAAGUUCCAAGGACCAGCAGCCUCAGAUGGAGCUGCCGCUGCAAGGCUGCAGCAUCACAUACAUCCCAAGAGACAGCAAGAAGAAGAAACAUGAGCUGAAAAUCACCCAGCAAGGCACAGACCCACUGGUUCUCGCCGUCCAAAGCAAGGAGCAGGCUGAGCAGUGGCUGAAGGUGAUCAAAGAGGCCUACAGUGGCAGCAGCGGCCCUGUGGAUCCAGAGUGUUCUCCACCACCGAGCACCAGUGCCCCCGUGAACAAGGCAGAACUGGAGAAGAAAUUGUCUUCAGAGAGGCCCAGCUCUGAUGGAGAAGGUGCUGCGGAAAAUGGAGUCACGUGUAAUGGAAAAGAACAAGUGAAGAGGAAGAAAACCUCCAAGUCAGAUGCCAAGGGAACUGUGUCCAAGGUCACUGGGAAGAAAAUCACCAAGAUCAUCGGUCUGGGGAAGAAAAAGCCAUCCACAGAUGAGCAGACAUCAUCAGCAGAGGAAGAUGUGCCCACCUGUGGGUACCUAAAUGUGCUCUCCAACAGCCGCUGGAGGGAGCGCUGGUGCAGAGUGAAGGAUAGCAAGCUCAUUUUCCACAAGGACAGGUCUGACCUGAAGACCCACAUCGUCUCCAUCCCUCUCCGUGGCUGCGAGGUGAUUCCUGGCUUGGAUUCCAAGCACCCGCUGACCUUCCGACUGCUUCGCAAUGGACAGGAGGUGGCCGUGCUAGAGGCAUCGUCCUCUGAAGACAUGGGCAGAUGGAUUGGCAUCUUACUGGCUGAAACAGGGUCGUCAACAGACCCAGGAGCCCUGCACUAUGACUACAUAGAUGUGGAGAUGUCAGCAAAUGUCAUACAGACGGCCAAACAGACCUUCUGCUUUAUGAACAGGCGGGCAGUGUCCACGAGCCCAUACCUAGGGAGUAUCUCCAAUGGUUACGCCCACCCCAGUGGGACAGCACUACACUACGAUGAUGUCCCCUGUGUCAACGGCUCGUUGAAGAGCAAAAAACCUCCAGUGUCACCUAAUGGGGUUCCUGGAAAGGGGAAGGCUCCAAGCAGCCAGCAAAAAAAGGUGGAUUCAGCAGGUGGCGUGAAACGGACAGCAUCCAAUGCUGACCAGUACAAAUAUGGUAAGAACCGAGUGGAAGCAGAUGCCAAGCUGUUACAGUCCAGAGAGGAGGAGCUGCUGAAGAGGAAAGAGGCCCUGCGGAACAGGCUAGCACAGCUCCGGAAAGAGAGGAAGGACCUGAGAGCCGCCAUCGAAGUGAAUGCAGGCAGGAAGACCCAGGUGGCCCUGGAGGACAAGCUGAAGAGGCUGGAGGAAGAGUGCAAGCAGAGGGAGGCAGAGCGGGUCAGCCUGGAGCUGGAGCUGACUGAGGUCAAGGAGAGCCUGAAGAAGGCCUUGGCAGGUGGUGUCACCCUAGGACUGGCCAUCGAGCCCAAGUCGGGGACAUCAAGUCCACAGUCUCCUGUGUUUCGGCAUCGGACUCUGGAAAAUUCUCCCAUCUCCAGCUGUGACACAAGUGAUGCUGAGGGGCCCUUACCUGUGAACAGUGCGGCUGUCCUGAAGAAGAGCCAGCCAUCCUCAGGCAGCUCCCCUUGCCGUGGGCACGUGCUGCAGAAGGCCAAGGAGUGGGAGCUGAAGAAUGGGACAUAGAGGGAGACCAGCUGCACCCAGACAGAGACUGCAUACUGCCACCAGCCUCAAGUGUGACACGUGUGCCUCCCAAAGUGGCCUGAGCAUGACUUCAGAAGUUUGGACUGAGUCUGACGCUGACCCUUGGCCAGCUUGUGUGCACGCUCUCUACUGUACGAUGGUGCCCUUUAGGAAAGUUUACUUUAAGACUUUGGUGUUCAAAUUUACUUGUUAUAAAGCAGAAACAAAAGGGGUUGACAAGUUGUUCUGAAUACCCUCUGGCAGAUGGGGCAGUCAAGGUUCUGAGAACCUCAGCUCAACCCUAGCUUGGACCAUGUGCCCCUGUGAGAUGGAGUGGCCCAAGCCUUCCCAUGUGCAGCCAGAGCCGCAUACAUUGCCCCAUUUGCCAGAGGGUCCUGCUCUGUGGCAGGAUGAACUCCUUGUGUCUCUGCAGCCCCACACCCUACCCUGCCUGUCCCCUUGUCACUGGAGGUGAAGCCAUGAGGAAUAGUGCUGUGAAGCGAUUUUUAAGGUUUGGUUUUGUUUUUGGAUACAUACUUUUGUCACCAGGAUGGAAAAGUUGUCAUUCUUUUUACUAGUGUUUUUUCUUUGUUCUCUUUUAAAGAAAAUGUCCCUUUUUAUCACGGCUAUGCUUGAAUUUUAGGGACUUUUCAGAGACCCUGUUUCCCAUUUUAUGAUGUAUUUUGAGAGGCAGCAUGGAGCUUUCAGUCCUUGCCUAGCAGUUGCCCCUUCCCCUUGACCUGAGACUCCAGCAUCCCCUACUGCUGGGCAAGAGCUCCUCAGCCCAGGAGGCGCACUGGCCACCAUCUGCCUGUGGAUCUAACAGUUGAGGCCAGAGCUUCCUUUGGAAAUAGAGCAGGUUUGAGAACCUAUAGUCAAGCCUGGACCAUCUUUGAACAGAGAUGAAUCCUUCCAGAGCACUUCCCUCUAGUUUAUAGUUGCAGCCAUGGGAUCACAGGUGCACUCCCAUGCCAAGGUUCUGGCUAUGUGGUCCUCCUCCAUUGCCCUGCCUGCCUCUGUGCACUGUUUCUUGGAUAGUUCAGAUACUCAAUAUGUUCUGCCCAUAGCUCAUGGGUGGGGCUAGCUUCUAUCCUAGGGGUCUGAACAUAAAACUGACUUUUGGGGCUUCCAGGGUACUGUCUAGACCUUUCCAUCGCAAGGAACUGCAGACAGAGAGGGGGAGUUAGCCAUCUCUGCAGUCUAGUUCAGAGGCAGUUAUAUACAGUUAUAUACAUGGGCAAUGGGCUCGUUCCCUAGACUGAGGAUCUGGUGAUGCUUGCCAGAGGCAGCCUUCCCAUCACAGCCCAGAAUAUCCUUUGCACACACAGAAGAAAAUUUCCUGGGCUCUCUGUAGAGGUGCCUUUCAGGCCUGCUCUCUGGGCAACCUUCACGGUGAGAGUCAAUGCUCUGUGUUUCAGCCCUGCAGCAGCUGUCUUAAAGUUACCAAAGAUCAGCAAGGUUGUCACCAUUGUACAGGGACAUCACACCAGCCAUCUGAAGCUGCUCAUCUGGAGGUCCUCCUCAAGCUAGACCAGUGUAGAGCUGCUUGCCAGCUGUCUGAUGGUGCUUCACUCUAGUGCCUUCCUCCACAGGGCAGUUAGGACUCUUCAUACCAGUAUCUGUGUGGGCUAGAUUCAGCCAGGAGACUGCGUAGAAAGGACCUGGAGGAGGAUGCAGGGUGUUCAUGGAGCAGCAACUGGGGGAGCCCCUUGGGUCAUCACAGAGAGCUGUGACCAUUUCAUGUCGCCUGACAUUAGUGCCCUGAAAGGAAAAAGAGUUUAAGCUGCCGUAUACUUCCGCUGCCUGUGGGACUCAGAACAGUGCUUUUGGCUACUCUGAUGGUAGCCUGCUUUGCUGGGAAAGCUGUGCCAGGCUUUGAUUAUUACCAAGACAAGGAGAACAUGUCCAACUAAACAUCCAGUUCUGGCCAGCAUAGAGGGACUCUGUAAUUGAAUGGGGUUAUUAAUGGAGCACCAUGGUCCAGCAAAUAAGCCCCAGAGGAGCUUGACCUGAUGAAGACAUGGUAGGCUCCAGGCUCUUCCUGUUCAUGUCUUGUGCUAAGAAACCUAGGCUUGUGAUUCACUUGACCUUGGUGGAUCCUGGAAGUUCCACAGAGCUGCAUAAAGUAGGUCCCAGGGAAGGCAAGGCUCCUGACACAGGGCUCUGCUGUCCUGAACUCCCCUUCAUGUUCUUAGAUUUGGUCAGAAAGCUAGUUUAAAACAUUUGCUUCAAAAUAAGUUAUUUAUUUGUAUAUGUUCAAUAAAUAUAGUUUUAAUUUAUAUAUGUACAUAUUGGACACCCAUGAGACAUCCUGUCAGGAUUCUCACAGUGUUCUCAUUCUAUGACCCUCCCAAAGCCACAUGCAUGAUCCCAGCCAUCAAUGGCACAGGUGUUCUUUGUGUGGAACCAGGUGGGCAGAGGGCAGAGCCAGCCCCUUUCUGUGAGCUAUUGGGUCUCUGGACUAUGGGAGGUACCCCACCUUUUGGGACCUCUCUUUGUCUGAGGCCACAGUGUUUCUUGAGGUCUACUUUUGUCACAAUUUGACAAAGAUGUCAUCAGGUACCACAGUCCCCUCCACUUUCAUAUCCAUUCACUAACUAACCCUUUAAUACAAAUAUCAUGCUGGCCUGUGGGCUUGCUGUGGUCCCUGACUGGGAAACAGGUGUAAACCCUCACUGUCUCACAGUCUCAUGUACCAGUGUUCUUUCAAGGGUGAGCAUGGGUCAGUCAUGUCAUCCCAGGUGCCAGAAUGACCUGCAGGCUGGGUAUGGACCCACUGCACACAGAAUCUCCCAGAGUCCUUGCUGCUCCCCUGCCUCAUAGGUCUCUCCCGUAUACAUGCCUUGCACUGGGUACUGCCUCACCCAGCUGUCCACCUCAUCUGUCCGCUUGCCCAAUGUGCUUUUUUUUUUUCUUUGUCACUAAGCCCAUGCUGAUGGACUGGAGAAUUGGUACUUUUAGAAAAUACACUUUGAAAAGGAAUGCCGCAGGCCCCGAGGCCACUAAGGAAGGCUUCCACUGUUUGAAUUCCAGUUAGAAUUCACAUUCAAGCAGCAACAGAAGUUUUGCUGGUUUCUCCUCCCAAAGACAAGGGACACGCCUACCUGUAACAGCCUACCAGCAGCUGACAUCCAUUCGGUGCUCUGGGGAUACCUGAGCCAAGCAAGUGAGUCCUUCAUUCACACCCACCCUCACCAGCAGACAGGACGCCCCCAAGGUCCAUUCCAUGGGUGUGACAACAUCAAAAUGAUGGACUGUUGUCUUUCUUCUCCUCCUCUUCUUUUUUCUAAAGUACUUUUAAACCAGAAACAUUUCAAAUCCAUGACAUAUUUUUAAAGUAAUUGAAUGUCUGGGUCCUGUUCCUACUGACAUACUACUAACCACACCAGAGGGCAGGUUUCUACUGUGAAAUAAACUGAAAAUAACAAUAAAACUCCUGUGCUAUCUGCACUCAGUUUGGCCCCAGGAAGAGGCUGAAGCAGUGUGUGGCCAUGUCGAUGGCAUGGGAAGCCUACCCCUUGGUUUUGAGGGAUGUCCUUUGCCAGGAGCUGGGGACAAUCCUGGUUUUUGAAACUUCAGCUUCCCACACACCGGGUUGGAUUAUCCUUUCAAAGUGGGGCCUUCCACUCAUAAUUCUUAGGGACCAAAGGUGUUUCUAACAUGAUAAUGUUUUUAAUUGAUUUUCUAACAAAGGUUUGCUUUACAUUUUAACACCAGGUUUUACAUUCUAGGUAUUCCAAAUGAAUUGCUCGUGGCUCUAAGUUGUAAGAUGUUUUUCACGUCAUGAAUGUAAUUAUUUCCUUAUUGUAUUUUUUAAAAAAACUAAAGUCAUAUUUAAAAUAAUCUUGCAAAGACACAGGCAAAGAAAAGAGAAAGUUUUUUUUUAAUUAACUAUGUUGUAGCCCAUUUGAAAUGACUGUAAAUAUAUUUUGAUUGUGCAGCUCAAUGUAUUUAAUUCAGAAAGUAAAAAAUUUUAUGCAAAGAGACUUGCAAUGAAAAAUCCUAGUUUUCAGCCCAUUUCCCCACAUUUUCUAGCCACUUCAUCCAGCUUCUCUGCUUUACAGACUGAUUUUUCUACUGUUGUAACUAUGUACCCAUUGACGGCGCCCAUUGGCGGAACUUGUUUGUGUAUUAAUAAAACUGUGCUGUGUGGCCCAGCCUCAUGUUCUCCCGACAGUGGCUCACAGUGCAGUGCAAGAAGUCCA